UUUUAUUUUUUUUAUCAAAUGUUUCAGUAUUAUAUUUACGAUAUUUUAUUAUAAUAUGAAUGUAAAGUUUUUUUGUCUUACAAUAAGGUAAAAAAAGAAUUACAAGUCUGAAAGCCAGCCACUGGAACGCCAUCUUUCUUAACUGGGAAGUCGGAUAUCUUCGAGUUCCUGUUCUGUAUUUUGCUGCACGUUUGACCGAGGCAGCGUUUAACCACCACGUGGAGGCACCGGAGCGCUACGUCAUCGCGUAAGCGCCGCCCCUUAUGUCCCUUUGCUGUGCGCUCGCCUGGUAGCGGCCCGACGACGAGUGAUUUCCUUUCUCCUUCCUGUCCCCGAAACUUUCAGCACUGAGUUCCGCGACCCAAUGUUAAAGUCCGGCAUGGCUUCCGAGACAUCUGAGCAGGACUCCCCGAACCCCGGCGACGAGCAGAAGGGCACGUCGAGCCCAGAGGCCCCGCGCGCUCCGGAUCAGGAACCGGCUGAGAGCGAGGCUGUAAAGAUGGACGAGAAUGGCGAGGAGAAGACCACGGCUUCCGACGAGUCCGACGGAACCCCGUCCAACGACGAAGGACUGAGCGGAGACGGACAGGAGGAGAAGGAGAUGGACACGGAGUCGGACGCGCCUGAGCUGAAACGCGCUGCGGAGAGCUCGGCCGACGUGACGGGGGAGCCGAGGCAAGAACAAAGGGAGGAGGAGAACGUGUCCUCUCCGCUCGACUGCGCCGCGAGGAAGCCCGAAGACAAAACGGGCACCGAGUUAAAGCGCAGGGCGAGUGUGGAGAUCUCCUCCUCCGACGGAGAGCCGCUCAGCCGCAUCGACUCCGAGGACAGUAUCAGCAGCACCUUGAUGGACAUGGAGAGCACAGCGUCCAGUGGACGCUCCACACCGGCCAUGAUGAACGGCCACGGGGGAGCAGCUCCAGCAUCUACCAAAGGUUCAUCAUAUCCCUGCUGUUGGGAUCAGUGCCCUCUGCUCUUCACCAGUAGCCCAGACUUGGCAGAACACAUCCGCUCAGUCCACGUGGAUGGUCAGCGUGGAGGGGUGUUUGUGUGUCUGUGGAAGGGCUGUAAGGUGUACAACACACCCUCCACCAGCCAGAGCUGGCUACAGAGACACAUGCUUUCCCACAGUGGUGAUAAACCUUUCAAGUGUGUAGUGGGUGGAUGCAAUGCCACUUUUGCCUCGCAGGGAGGACUAGCACGUCACGUACCCACCCACUUCAGCUCACAGAACUCAUCCAAACUGUCCAGCCAGGCCAAGCUGAAGGAGGAGUCGCCCUCUAAAGCUGGCAUGAGCAAACGGAGGAAACUAAAGAACAAAUGCAGGAGAUCAUUGCCUCGGCCACACGACUUCUUUGACGCACAAACGAUGGAUGCCAUCCGUCAUCGUGCCAUCUGUCUCAAUUUAGCAACCCACAUUGAGAGCCAGGGCAAGGGCCACAGCGUGGUGUUUCACAGCACGGUCAUUGCAAGACGGAAGGAGGAUUCAGGGAAGGUGAAGGUGCUGCUCCACUGGACUCCAGAGGACAUACUGCCAGACUCAUGGGUGAGUGAGAGUGACCGACCACAGAUGAAAACCAAAGUGGUACAUCUCUCACAGCUGCCUCAGGACACAGCUGUGCUUCUGGACCCCAACAUCUACAGGAUGUUUUUCUAGAAGCACCAUUGCCUGCUGAUGUUUUCAAACUCAAGUGGACUUGUGGAUCUCUAGAGGCAGGAGUUCAAAUUCUUCUUACUGUUCUAUUUUUUUUUUUUUUUUUUAAAGCCCAGAAUUUUAAACGUGUUUUCAGUCUAUGAAGAGGAAGAAAUUGCACAAUAUCGGACUCUGACUGGUGCUAGACUUUUAAAAUGCUUUGGUUUUUUUUUUCUUAAUACCACUAUCGAGUUCAAGUUGAAUUGCUCUCCCUUUGUCCACAGCUUUCCUCACUAGCUUUAUAGAGAUCGUAUAGAUGUAUUUGUUGAGAAAGUGCCCAUGUAAAUAUGCCUGGAGAUUUGUAAUAUAUUUUUGUACUGAAGAAUUUUACUGUACUGUAGAUACCUGUAAUAUUUCACCAACUUCAGGAAAUAUUACUGCACAGAGAGAGAGAGAGAGAGAGAGCGGGAUUAGUUCAUUUGCUUGGAACGCUAUGAAAGUUCCAACACAUUUUGAAAUGAAAAGAUUAGAUGUAGUGACCGCUUUCUCACUGCAGCGUUAGCCGAGUACUGCUCCAGUGUGCGUUACAGUAGAUGAGGAUGAUGUUAAUGUUCAUGUGUGCGCUCUUUCAUAGUGACCUUACUCUAGUUAUAUACGAGCCAAGGUUCCUAAAGACAUCCUAAUGAAAUGGUGCUACAGUAAACACUAGCAUUUUAGACUUGCAUAGAACAGGUUUUUUUGAUCGAUAACGAUCGUGCUCUGUAGUGUAAUGGAGUAACUCCACCCCAUGUACUGCUGGAUCCCAACUCUGUCUUUGUAGUAAAAACAGAAAGCAAUGCAGAA